UACUGUUGUGUAAGUGAUGAUGUGUCACACGUACAAAAAAUAAUAAUAAUAAUAAUUACACACUUGAAAUUGUCUUAAUAAUUAUUUUUCUAAUAAAUAUUAAUAUUGUAGUGAACGUAAGAUGUUUUUAUAAUAUUUUUCUACAAAUGAUUAUCUGCUCGAGUCCAGUCGAGUAAAGUCGAGAUCACACCAGCUGUUUUGCUACAAAAAGAAAUAGGUUAUGUUGAAGUGUUGACCAUGGCCACGGAAAAUGACAAGGUUGUUAAUAAUAAUUAUCACAAUAAUAACAUUCACUUUAAAAUAGUAAACAAAAAUAGUGAGCAAGAAGGUGGUGAUGUCAUCAUGGACAAAAAACAUAUCAGGUUCAGAAAGUCUUUUAAUUAUGAUAAUGAUGAUGAUGAUGAUGAUUAUUGUGGGGUUGGUGAUAAUUCUCGGGUUCAGGGGCUCAAGAUAGCUAAUGGUGAGGAUGCUAGAGGUGGUGAUGACCUGGUUGAUGGUCAUGAUCAAGGACAGAUUAGUGGGGAAGAAAGGAAAGAAAGUCAUAUUAGAAAUGGUGGAUCAUUUUUUGAUUUUAUUAAAACGGAGCUAACAAGAGGUUAUGAGUUAGAAAAUGAUGAAGAAAGAUUUUCUGCAAGAAGAGAAAAAAUAUAUUCUUUUAUUAAAAUUCCUAGAGAAGUUGAAAAAUUUAUGACUUAUGGAUUUCUUCAGUGCGCAGAUUCAUUUUUAUUUGUCUAUACAUUUCUACCUCUCCGCUUCCUAAUGGCAGUCUGGGCGAUAAUUUCAAAAUUCCUCGGCUACUGUUUUGGAGUUAAAUCUACGCGAAAAUCCGAGCGAUUUUUGCGACCAGCGGAGAUCUGCGACCUCCUAAAGGGAAUCGUGGUGAUAAGCUGCUGCGUUGCGACAACCCACUUCGACACCUCAAUAAUCUACCACAGGGUGAAGAGUCAGAGUGUAAUAAAGCUGUACAUCUUCUACAACAUGCUGGAGGUCGGAGACCGGCUCUUUAGCGCUAUCGGUCAGGACACGAUAGAUGCGCUGCUCUGGACUGCGACCGAGCCGCAGUCGAGGUCCCGCCGGCAUCAGCAUCUCGGGACUAUUUCACAUUUAUUGUUCACUGUUGGUUAUGUCAUAUUACAUAGUAUAUUAGUCCUAGUCCAAGCAGCGACAUUAAACGUCGCUAUUAAUAGCAGUAAUAAGGCGUUGCUAACAAUUGUUUUAGCUAACAAUUUUGUUGAAUUAAAAGGAGCAGUGUUCAAAAAAUUUGACAAGAACAAUUUGUUCCAAGUAGCCUGUUCCGACGUAAGAGAGCGCUUUCACCUCCUGACGCUCCUGGUAGUGGUGAGUCUUCAAACAAUGCGGGAGUACGCUUGGAAAAUUGACCGGCUUUAUAUAUUAUUGCCAGAUUGUUUUGCACUACUCGCUGCGGAAGUAGUCGUUGAUUGGAUAAAACACGCCUUCAUAACGCGGUUCAACGAGCUGCACUCGACAGUUUACAGAGACUACACCUUGAGCUUGGCCUACGACAUGGCUCAAACGCGGCAAAAAACGGCAUUUUCGGACCCCUCGGACUUAGUGGCGCGUCGGAUGGGCUUCAUUCCGCUGCCGCUAGGUGUCGCGAUGAGCAAAGUCCUGUUCUCGACUUUGUCAGCGACCUCUAGGCCGUCGAACAUGAUCCUGUUCCUGCUGGGGUACUUGAUCCUGUUCGCAUUAAGGAUCCUCAACAGCCUGAUCCUCCUGGGGCGGGCUUGCGACCUGAUCGCCUCCCACUCCGCGGAAACCAGCGACAAGUUCGAGAAGACAAGGAAGAACAACGUCUUCAACAGGACACUCAGUGUCGAUCACACCAACAUAUACUUCCGAAAACACGGCGCGGAAUUUUCUCCCGUGCCGUUGAUUGUCUUGAAUGACAAAGAUCCCAAGUCCGGCGUCGCCAUCUUGUCUAACAGCGCCACCAGCUUGACCAGCGUCUGCUUCAACGACUCUCUAAAUGCCGACAAGAAGUCCUGCGAGGCCUCUUUGUCCUGCAAUGAUGUUAAUCAAGAGAUAAAACCUGUGGCUCGCGCUGAAAGCGAGCCGCUGUUGCCUUAAGCCUUUUUCGGAGACUUCAGAGCCCUCUGGCGCCUCAAAUAGUCACUUUUGGACCUUGUCGCUUUCCAUUAUUACUCAUCGCUGCCUUUUGCACCACAUGCAACCCUUUUCUCCCGAAUUUUGUUCCGAAACAAAAUGGCCGCCGGCAUAGACACAAAAUGUUUGCCAGAACGGGAAAAUUUGAAUUUUUAAAAUUAUGUUUUUGACAAGAAAUUUUGAAAAAUUUUGAUUUUUUUUUUUUGACUAAUUUUUUGUGCCAAAAGUUGUUUAAAAUUCCCGCCAAGAAGCCAUUUUGAAAGCUCAGAGCCGCCAUUUUGUUGAAAUAGAAUUCUGGAAUUUUUGAGGCGCAAAAAAGGCUCUAGAGACUCGGAAAAAAAUUACAGUUUAUAUUAUUAGCUAAUUUUUUUUGUUGUAAAGUGUAUAUAUUAUAUAUGUCUAUAUAUAUUAAUAUAUUUAUAUAUGUGG